UGGUGGAAAGGAAUGCGUUUUUUUCAUCUGCCUGCGUCGUUUGCCUAAUCCCUAAAAAUGGAAGCCAGAGAAAACUCGCUACCCGUAGAUGCUGCUGUUUCGAGCGCCGGUGUACGAGUCAGACAUUCUGGACACUUGAUCGACCCAACAAGAUGCAGAUGUUGGCCAAAAUGGAUCAAUGGAGUUUUGUGGAACUGGAGCUAAGGAACAACCAUUGCGGAAUACAGCUGAAGGUAAACGUUUUGCUCACCGCUCUCAAAGCAUCCAGUAACUCCAAGGAGCUGGAACUUGGUAAGGCCCUUCAUUUGAAUGGCAUUGGCAGCGGACACUACUCAAAUCCUUACGUAACUAACAGCCUGGUCAACAUGUAUGCCAAGUGUGGGAGCCUGGUCGAUGCGAAGCAGGUCUUCGACAGCAUGCAAGCUCGAGAUGCGGCAACUUGGAAUAGUCUCAUCAAGGGAUACGUGAUGAAUGGAAAGAGCGAGAUGGCCUGGGAGCUCUUUUCGAAAAUGGACUGUGCACCCGACGACUUGACGUUUGUAGCUGCCGCAACGGCAUGCGCGAGCUUGGCGGCGAGUGAACGGGGGAGGAAUUUUGGUACAGGAACAGUGAAAGUGAACAGUCUGGAGAGGGGAAUGGCUCUUCACUCACAGGCUGAAAAGUCCGGUUAUGGCUCCAGGAUCUUCUUGACAAGUACACUGGUUGAUAUGUACGCCAAGUGUGGGAGUAUGGUGGAUUCCCGUGCGACUUUCGACAGGAUGGUAUCUCACGACGUCGUCUCGUGGAAUUCUCUGAUCCUGGGCUACGUAGAGAACGGGGAAGUCGAGCUGGCUUUGGGAGUUUUCGAGAGCAUGGACCUCGAACGGGACUCUCAGGCUUACGUCGCUGCUCUAGUGGCAUGUGCGAGCCUGGCAGACAAGGAAACAGCGGUGGUGGUCGACGGGAAGCCUGUGAAACAGAAAUGCCUGGAGAGAGGACGGGACUUACACUCUCGAGCUGCAAGCUCUGGAUAUGACAGGGACAGCUACGUAGCAGGGACUCUGAUUGACAUGUAUGCCAAGUGCGGGAGCAUGGACGACUCGCAGCGCGUCUUCGACAAGAGCCAUCGUCAGGAUGCAGUGUUGUGGAACACACUCGUGCUGGGAUACGCUGAAAACGGCCAGCCUGAGAAAGCUGUGGAGGCUUUUGACGCAAUGGAAGCCAGUGGCUGCAAGCCAAACAUCCGCAGCUUCAUAUCCGCGCUGGUGGCUUGCGGGAGUUUGGCCUCGCAGGAGCAGCAAGGCAGCAGCAACAUCAACCUGACAAUGCCGCUGAACCUCCGGUGUCUGGACAAGGUCAUGUCUCUUCACUCUCGGGUAACCAGGGAGGAAGGCGAGUGCCAGAUCUUCUUCGGCAACACGCUGGUGGAUGCGUACGCCAAGUGCGGCAGCAUGCUCGACUCCCGGAGAGUAUUCGAUCGGAUGCAGCGCCACGACGUGGUUUCCUGGACGGCGCUCAUACUCGGCUACAGCGACAACGGACUCAACGGCCUGGCCGUGGACCUCUUCUUCCGGAUGACGACCACGAGCACCACCGGGGCCAUCACUCCUUUGGCUAGCAGCGACGAACACGUCGAUACCUCCUGGCCGAGACCAAACGCGCGGACGUUCGUGGCGGUGCUCAUCGCUUGCACCCGGCUGGGGGCGCUGGAGGUCGGGCGGAGGAUCCACUCGCAGGCCCGAGACGCCGGCUUCCACACGGACGCCUUCCUCGCCAACACGCUGGUGGACUUCUACGCAAAGUGUGGCUGCAUGGACGAGGCCGAGGCGGUCUUCUCCGCGCUCGAGAGCAAGAGCCUGGUGGCAUGGAGCGCGCUCAUCUCCGGCUAUAGCUGCCACGGCUCCACGGACGAGGCGUUUGCGGCGCUGGAGAAGAUGCGUGCCAGCGGCAUACCGCCAGACGGCGUCACCUUCCUGUCCGUUCUCACAGCGUGCAGCCACGGCGGCCUGGUGGAGAAAGGGCUGUCCUACUUCGAAUCGAUGGCGCCGCGGUAUGGCGUGACUCCGGGCGUGGAGCACUACCAUUGCGUGGUGGACAUGCUGGGGCGGGCCAACCGGGUGGUGGAGGCAGUGAAGCUGGCCAAGGAGAUGCCGUUUGAGGCGACGGUGGUAACUUGGACGACGGUGCUGGGGGCGUGCCACAAGUGGGGAAAUGCGGUGCUGGGGAAGCUCGCGUUUGAUCGGGUGGUGGCACUGGAUGCACGGGCCGAGUCUGCGUACGUGCUCAUGGGGAAUAUCUAUGGGGGCCUGGGGCUGAGGAGGGAACAAGAGGAGAUUGGGGCCAUGAGGGACAAAGCAAUGUUUAGCUAGCUGUGGGCCACAUGGGGUAACCUCUUUGUGUUUUAGCUUGUUUGCAUUUGCAUGGCACUCAGGCCAUAUUGUUGAUGGUUGCAUCUCUGGGAGUUAAAGCUCAUGGCAAAUGCCUUAAAAGUAUGCACCACUGUAGAAUUUGCCCAAAUGGGGCAAAUGCUGCAAGCAUUCCCACUUAGAUUUCGUUGAAACACAAUGAGUAUAUAUUGAUCUUUGAUCACUCCUUGUCUACCAUGCUGA